ACAUAUACCUAUCUCAUUGUUAAAUGUCAUCCACAAAAUAAAAUUUGCAAAACACGCAAAGAAAUAUUUCUGUGUGUCUUCACCAUAGAAUUAAUCGGAAAAGUGUUAGUUAGAAUUUGUAAAUCCAAUUCAUUUAUUUAAUGAACAUAAUAAUGUCACAAAUGAAACAAUUUUAAAAACGAUCAAGUGUAUCAUCAAAAUAUUUUGAUAAACAUUUAUUAUAUAUUCAGAAAACGCCCGAAAAGCCUGUGUGUGUUCUCAAUUUUAUAACUUUUAUUUUAUAAAAUUUAUUUAUUAUUAAAGUGUGAACGAUAACAUAACAGAAUAAUGGUUGAACCAAUUUUCGACUAUCAGUUUCGUCUGAUUUUGAUCGGCGACAGUACGGUGGGCAAAAGCUCACUGCUCAAAUACUUCACAGACGGUAAAUUUGCUGAGCUGUCGGAUCCUACUGUCGGCGUGGAUUUUUUCGCCCGAAUCAUUGAAGUAAAAGAUGGAACACGAAUUAAACUCCAAUUAUGGGACACAGCGGGUCAGGAACGUUUUCGAUCAAUUACCAAAUCAUAUUAUCGUAACUCGGUCGGAGUUCUUCUUGUAUACGAUAUUUGCAAUCACGCUAGCUUCGAACAUAUUCCAUUGUGGAUGAUGGAGGCAAAAAGACACAUUGAGCCGCACAGGCCAGUGUUCGCAUUGACCGGUUGUAAAAUGGACCUCGUGAAUAACGGUGCUCGAAGGGAGGUCAGUAAAGAUGAAGCAAAAGCGUUUGCCGAACAGAAUGGAUUACAUUUUGUGGAAACGUCGGCGAGGACGGGCGUAAACGUCGAGGAAGCAUUCAACAUGGUCACACAAGAAGUAUAUAAUCGAAUACAAACCGGCGAAUACCAGGUCGAGGACGGUUGGGACGGAAUUAAGACGGGUUUUGCGCGACCCAAUAGUUUAGACUUUAAUUUAGUGGUUGCUGAACCGGAAAGGUCGUCGUGUUGUUGAUUUUCAUAACGUUUUAUAACUGGUCGUCCAGAUAGAAAGGGACAUUUUCUACAAAACCAUUUUUUUUUUUAGAGAAUUGGAAUAUUGUGCGUGUUUUGUAGACACAUCCGUUUACGUUGUUUUCAUUUCAUUUUUUUUUUUUUGUUGAAAGAAGGAAAAAGUGUUCUCAGUUCUCCCCAUAUUUGUAUAGAUUAAAACAACAACAUGAACAUCAAUGCCAAAUAAUAAAAAUUUUGUUUUCUUAA